UCGAGCAAAAUGGCUUCCUUUGUUGUUUUCCUCUCUCUCUUCACUCUCUUCUCCCUUUUCUCCCUCACCCAACUCCAAUCCCCGGCGCCAUCAACCUCCCCACCACCGCCGCCGCCGCCACAGUCCCUUUUGAAUGCAGCCGAGACCCUUUCCAAUUCGGGCUACAAUGCCAUGUCCCUCACCCUGAAUCUCCUCCUUGAUCAACCCCAUUCCAUCAGCUUCCCAUCUUCUCUCACCAUUUUCACUCCCCCGGAUUCAGCGUUUGCCGCUGCCGGCCAGCCUUCACUUUCCCUGCUCCUCCUCCAUUUCUCGCCACUUUCUCUUUCCCUCCAAUCACUAAGUUCUCUGCCCUUUUCUUCACCCAUCCCAACCCUGUCAAAAACCCAUGCUUCCAUCUUCAUCACCACCUCAUCUGAAAACCCCACCAAAAUUUCCAUCAACAACGUUGAGAUUUCCGGCUCACCCGUCUAUGAUGAUGGCUCUGUUGUGGUUUUUGCAGUGGACAAUUUCUUUGAGCCUAAUUUCACUCUUCCCGCUCCUCAGUCGGAUAAACCCAACCCAGAAUGCGUGGAAUUCAGUACUUUUUCACGGUAUGAGGAGGCAUCAGGGGUCCUACAAUCACGGGGUUAUUCAAUUUUUGCCACUUUUCUGGACUUGCAAUUGAUGGGGUUCGUGAAUUCCCAUAAAAUCCCUUCUGUGAAUGGGAUGAAACUGACAGUUUUUGCCCCACUGGAUGAGGCUCUGAUUGGGGAUACUGGGAAUUUUCUCCAGUAUUCUUCCAUAUUCUUGAGGCAUCUGUUGCCAUGUAAGCUUAACUGGAACGAGCUCAAUGGAAUUGCAAAUGAGACUGUUUUCAGAAACUACGUUGAGGAGCUUAGCAUGAAAAUCGAAAAGUCUGGUGAUCGAGUAAUGAUUAAUGGUGUUGAGAUUGCUGCUCCAGGAUUAUACGAGAAUGAAGGGAUUGCAAUUCAUGGGGUGAGGGAGAUGAUACCAGUACUGGAUAGUACAGAUGAGGAUGCUGCAGAGACAACUUUCAUGAAACUUGAGAAGAAAAAAGUUGACGGAAAUUGUCCUGCCCCUGAUCGUGGUGAAUUCUGAGCUCUCUGUUUUUUGGUUUCUUCUUGUCGAUAGUACAUUGAGGAGGAUAGGAGUUGAAAGAUAGCCAUAGACUGACUUUUGUAUUCCAUUGUUACUCUGAUUGUCCACUGUCACUUGAUUGAUUUUUUUCCCUUGAACUUUGAUGAAAAUUGGAGAGCUCAUACUGUAAAAUUUGAAAGGAUUAAUCAUGAUAUGAAAAGGGAAUCUUUUUGUUAGUGUUUUCUUGUUGAAUUUUUGGUGUUGUUUUGUCUUUAGACAAGUAAAUUUUUGA